UAAAAAGAUUUUUAUCUUGACUUUCUUGAGUGUCUUUAUUAAAGUUUCUCCAAGAUGCAAGUUCCGCCGAUUUUUAUAGAAUUGCCGUUGGACGACCAGGCGCAAGAGCUCAGGGUAUAUUUUAAAAGUCUCGGUGCAGAAAUCAGCGAAGAAAAAUCUCCCAAAGGUAUAGAAGAUGAUUUGCACAAGAUUAUCGGAGUGUGUGAGGCUUGUUUCAAGGAAGGAAACGAAAGCGAAAUAGAAACUGUAUUAAAUGACAUUGUUUCUAUUAUGAUUAUGAUACCCACUGAACGUGCAGAAAAUUUGAUUCUGGCAUUUUGUGAGAAGCUUGUGAAAGCACCUGGAUAUAAGCUUGGACUGGUGUGUCUGAAGGCUUUAUGGCUGUUAUUUCAAUCCUUGGCUGACGACUCCCCAAUGAGAUAUCAUGUUUAUUAUCACUUGGUGCAAAUAGCUCGUAAUGUCGAUCAAGUGAAAGCUGUAUACAGCGGAAUAGAUCAGUUGAAGCAACAGUUUGCUUCAUUUCCUCCGUCGAACGAACAAAUGCAGAAAUUACUGCGUUUGCUGCACGAAGUGCUCUUAAGCUGCAAACAAGGAGAACAAGCGGCAGCUGUUAUGGUGGAACUAUUAGGAACCUAUACAGCGGAGAAUGCUUCUGCAGCAAGGGAAGAUGCGCAACGUUGCAUAUUGGCCGCGUUAGGCGAUCCGAAUACAUUUUUGUUGGAUCCGCUUUUAGCUUUGAAACCUGUCAGAUUUUUAGAGGGCGAGCUGAUUCACGACUUAUUGCUGGUGUUUGUACAAGAUAAGCUACCGGCGUAUUUGCACUUCUAUCAGCAUCACAGAGAAUUCGUUGAGCAUCAACUUGGAUUGAACCACGAGCAAAAUAUGAAGAAGAUGAGACUCUUAACUUUUAUGCAACUCGCGGAAACGAAUCCCGAAAUGUCUUUCGAAACAAUACAAGAAGAGUUACAGAUUUCGGAAUCUGAAGUCGAAAGCUUUAUCAUUGAUGUCUUGAAAACCAAGCUCGUGAGAGCGCGCAUGGAUCAAGCAGGCCGAAAGGUACUGAUUUCCAGUACGAUGCACAGAACGUUCGGUCGUCCUCAGUGGAUGCAGUUGCGAGAUCUACUUGCAUCGUGGAAAGCCAAUCUAUCGGCUGUACAAGAUGGCAUGAAAACUGUAGCCGCAGCGCAAAUGGAACUCGCAGCAAAGAAUAAAGCUGCAUUGUAAAUACGAGGCAAUUUGAACGCGCGAUUACUCGUCUCCUGUUGCGGAACUUUCUGAACGACAUCAAUAAAACUAUUUCGAACAUU